AGAAAUUUUCGCGGCGAAGGAAGCACGGCCGCUCCGACACUCAGUGAAUUCUCUGUUCCUCGUUCUCUCAACCAAACAAUGCGUAGACGAUCACCAGCCUGCAAAUUUUUCCUCUCUCUCCUCAUUUUUUCUCUCUUUCCUCAUUUUCUCAUCGCCCGCUCCGUCGUUCUUCUUCUCUCUCAGGACUCCGUCAAAGAGGGCCUCACCUCAUCCGACAGUCCCUCCGAUCCUGACUCCGACGCCGAGUGGGACAACUUCGGUGAUUCAGACACCCACAAGUCCGACGAGGAGCUCGACCCGGGGUCAUGGCGCCCAAUCUUCGAGCCAGAUUCAGAUGCCACUACCGCCGAACCGGGUACAGAGUCGGCGGCGCUUUACUACUCCGGCAUUGGAAAGAUUAUGUCGGCGGUUAGCUCAGGAGAGGUGACGAUGAUGGAGGAUGCUACUGGAGAGAUUGAAGCGGCGUGUGAGUCGGGAUAUCCGGCCGCGCAGUCAGUGCUAGGGUUUCUGCAUGGGAUGGGCAUUAUGAAAGAGAGGAGCAAAGCAAAGGCGUUUCUUCAUCAUCACUUUGCUGCCGAGGGUGGUAAUAUGCAGUCCAAAAUGGCUUUGGCUUUUGCAUAUACACGCCAAGAUAUGUCUGAAAAUGCAGUUAAGCUUUACGCUGAAUUAGCUGAAGCAGCUGUAAAUAGUUUUCUAAUUUCAAAAGAUUCCCCAGUGAUUGAUCAAGUUAGGAUCCAUAACGGAGCCGAGGAGAACAAAGAAGCUCUGAGAAAAUCAAGAGGGGAGGAUGAUGAUGACUUUCAGAUAUUGGAAUAUCAAGCAGAGAGAGGGAAUGCUGCUGCCAUGUACAGGAUUGGCCUAUUUUACUACUUUGGGUUGAGAGGAUUAAGGCGUGAUCAUGCUAAGGCAUUGUCAUGGUUCUCAAAGGCCGUAGAUAAGGGGGAGCCGAGGUCAAUGGAACUUCUUGGAGAGAUUUAUGCCCGGGGAGCAGGUGUUGAAAGAAAUUACACUAAAGCUAUGGAAUGGUUUACACUUGCAUCAAAACAACAAUUAUAUUCUGCUUAUAAUGGUAUGGGGUAUUUCUAUGUAAAAGGCUAUGGAGUGGAGAAGAAUUACUCAAAAGCAAAAGAAUAUUUUGAAAAGGCCGCUGAGAAUGAAGAUGUUGGUGGGCACUAUAACCUUGGUGUCAUGUUUCUUAAAGGAAUGGGGGUAAAAAGAAAUGUGAUGGUGGCAUACAACUACUUUACUCUAGCUGCUAACAAUGGCCAGCCAAAGGCAUUCUACCAGCUGGCAAGGAUGUUCCAUACCGGUGUUGUGCUCAAGAAGAAUAUUCCACUGGCUACUAUGCUAUACAAACUAGUUGCAGAGAGGGGUCCUUGGAGUUCUUUGUCCAGAUGGGCGCUAGAGUCAUACUUGAAAGGUGAUGUUGGAAAGGCAUUUAUGUUGUAUUCAAGAAUGGCUGAGAUGGGCUAUGAGGUAGCACAAAGUAAUGCUGCUUGGAUUCUGGACAAAUAUGGGGAUCGUAGCAUUUGCAUUGGUGAAUCUGGGUUUUGUACAGAUGCAGAGAGGCAUCAGCGUGCUCAUUCUUUAUGGUGGCAGGCUUCUGAGCAGGGAAAUGAACAUGCUGCUUUGCUGAUUGGAGAUGCGUAUUACUAUGGUCGGGGCACUGUCAGGGAUUAUGAGCGAGCCGCUGAGGCUUAUAUGCAUGCCAAAUCGCAAGCCAACGCACAAGCCAUGUUCAAUCUAGGGUACAUGCAUGAGCAUGGCCAAGGGCUUCCAUUAGAUCUUCAUCUUGCCAAGCGUUACUAUGAUGAAGCUCUAGAACAUGAUCCUGCUGCAAAGCUGCCUGUCACCCUUGCACUUUCUAGUUUGUGGAUACGUAUGAAUCAUGGUGACAGUUUCUUGGUUCAAAUAAUUGAUUCUUUGCCAGAAAUCUUCCCAAAAUUGGAAGCAUGGAUAGAAAAUGUGCUUUUGGAAGAGGGGAAUGCAACAAUUCUCACUCUGUUGGCAUGUCUUUUGACUGUGUUAUAUCUCCGUGAGAGGCAACGAAGGCAGUUUGAUGGCGUAGCUGGAGAAGUGAAUCAGCAACACCCUAAUGAGCGUGGUGUGCUGGCACCCAAUUAAUUAAUGUUACUAUUAUUAGCCUCAAGAAAAUAUGAGGCCAUUUUUGCAGGUGCUGUUUAUAAAAGGCAAAUAUUUUGUGUACAGGAUGUGAAGUUUUCCUUCCUCUUUUUAGUUGUAAACUGUGCCUUUGGUGGCUUGUGGGAUCAGAAAUAAGGAAUGCAUUUGUAGAUAUGUAUAAUUCUUUUGGAUGCUGAGGGAUGAAUUUUGAAGAUUAUUUUGGUCUUUCAGAUGUUUGUUUAGUCUUUAAUGCAAAAACACAGCUUCUUCAAUUACACAAUUCUUUCA